CAUGCUUCACAGAAAGACUACUCCACUGGGUUUGGGGGGCGAUACGGCGUGCAGUCAGAUCGCGUGGACCAGAGCGCGAUGGGCUUCGAUUACCAGGGCAAAACCGAGAAACACGAUUCCCAGAAAGAUUAUGCUAAAGGCUUUGGCGGCAAGUUUGGCGUGGAGACCGACAAGGUGGACAAGAGCGCUGUGGGCUUUGAGUACCAGGGCAAGACGGAGCAGCACGAGUCACAGAAAGACUACGUGAAGGGCUUCGGGGGGAAGUUCGGCGUGCAGACGGACCGACAGGAUAAAUCAGCGCUCGGUUGGGACCACCAGGAGAAACUGCAGCUCCACGAGUCCCAGAAAGACUACUCUAAAGGCUUUGGAGGGAAGUAUGGCGUCCAGAAUGACCGCAUGGAUAAGAGUGCGGGGACGUUUGAUGAAGUGGAGAAGCCGAGCUCAUCGUACCAGAAAACCAAACCUGUGGAGGCUGCCGGCAGCAGCACAGGGAGCAUCAAGGCCCGCUUCGAGAACAUCGCCAAGCAGAAGGAGGAGGAGGACAGGAAGAAGGCGGAGGAGGAGCGAGCGCGUCGGCAGGCCAAGGAUAAGCAGGAGCAGGAGGAGAUGCGCCGCAAGAUCGAAGCUACGCCCAAGGCUCCCUCUCCGGCUCCCGCUGCUGCUGCAAGUCCCGUACCCAGUCCCACCCCCAGCCCGAUUCCAGCAGCACAACCAGCUGAACCAGCAUACCAGAAAACAGAGGAGUCGUAUUAUGACACCACCACAGAGAACGGCGAGCAGCUGUACGAGGCGGAGCCACAGACCCAGCCGGAGGAGACCUACCAGGUCCCCGCCGAGACCGCAGCAGCAGCAGGAGACGGGCAGCAGUACGACUACGGUGAGGACCUCGGGGUGACGGCGGUGGCUCUCUACGACUACCAAGCAGCCGGCGACGACGAAAUCUCCUUCGAUCCCGACGACAUCAUCACCAACAUCGAGAUGAUCGACGAAGGCUGGUGGCGAGGCGUCUGCAGAGGCUCCUACGGCCUCUUCCCCGCCAACUACGUGGAGGUCCGGCAAUGAUGACGACCCCCCCGACCGUGCGCCAGAAGACAAACGAGAGCGGAGACGAUCUCAUCCCUGUUUUCCCUCUUCAUCCUCCCGUCUUUUCUCUCUUCACCUCAUCGUAGCGCUUCGACACUGCGAGACGCUUUCAGGUCUCCUGCUGGCUUUUCUUUUGCUCCUUCUCCAUCCCUCCUCCUCUUCCUCAUCCUCCUCUUCCUCUUCUUCUUCUUCCCUCUGUUCCUGAAGUUUCUCUCCAUGCAGCAGAAAGAGAGGAAGUGAAUUAAUCCUAAGAGAAGAUAUAAAGAUUAUAAUCCAGGUUAAGAAUAAAGACCCGACGUUGGCUCCACGCGUCUCUGCUGGGUCACAGUUAAAGCUGCAAAAUGCAGCUCGGGUGUGACGGUGCAUUUUGCAGCUUGUUAUUUUUCUAGAUACAGUAUUAGAGGCGAUCAGGUGUCCCUUCACACAGACGAGAGGCGUGUUAGUCUCACCAAAGAGCAGAGGAGCGAUGAGUGUGUGCACGGGGCUGAGGAUGCAGGAGCAGUGAGGAUGUUUACGUCCAGGAUCCUAAAUCUUUGGUGCGUCUGCGUGAAGGAAAGGAGACUCUCUUCCUCCUGACUGCUUUUCAUAAACGAUCAAACGUCUCCUCCUCCUCCUUCAGAGUACCGGGGCCAAAACAUUAAAGACUUUCUCACCACUGUGGAACAGAAACACUGCAGCUCAUGUCGUUCUUUUAAUCAUCUCUAAGUGUGGUUACGUGUACAGAGAGAUUCCUGAUUUAUGACGCUUUGAGGACUUCUUUUUGUCCCCCGUGCUCGUCUUCGUGUUUGUGUCGUGACAUGUCGAGAUGCGCGCUGACCUCAGAGCGAGUGACCUUUCAAAAUAAGAGUGCUUAUGACCGCCUGUAGAAGCAUUUAUCAGGCUGCUGUUAAGGGAAGAGGCUUCGGUGUUUUGUUUUCUUUCUCCAAACACUAAUUAUUUCUAACAGACGCAGCGUCUGUGGAUCGCAGUAGUGUAGCUCAAACAGGUGUGUGUGAGCGUGUGUGUGUGUGAGAGAGUGUGUGUGUGUGAGGGCUUCAUUAAAAUCAUCUUUGGGGUUUUAUAAUAAAAAAGUGACCUUUUCAGAAACAUUA